AUGGAUUUUGUUUUUAUCUUAAUUCUUGUAGCCAUUAGUUUUUUAAUUGGUUUUAUUUAUGAUUCUUUAAUAAAAUUAGAACAAUUAAAAAAACAACAAAAAGAAAAAAAAGAAUUAGAAAAAGAUCAAUUAUUAAUGAUUUCCAAUUUAAAUCAUCAAAUUAAGAAGUGUGAAUUAGAAAAUAAAAUCCACCAUAAUCAACUAUCUAUUGAAUCAAAAAAACAAGAAAUCGUGGAUCAAAAUAAUAAAAGUGAGCAUGAUAAACUAAUUAAAGUUAGAGAUGACCAAACAGAUGAAAUUUAUCAACUACGUAGUUUAAUAAACCAUCAAAAACAAUCCCUUCAAUCCUACGGUGUUAACCAAGGUAAAUUGGUCAAAGAAAAAGACUCACUCAAUAUUAAAUUGGAUGAUCAAAUUAGAAAUUCAAAUAAACUCCAAGAGCAAAUAUUAGAGAAAAAUAAAAUUAUCCAAUUUCUUGAAAAAAAGAUUGAAACAGAACAACAAGUUUUAAUCCAGCUUUCAAUUGAACAUAAUGAAGCAUUGGAGAAAUUGAAUUUAAAAGAAGGUGAAUUAGAAACAAAUAAUAUGAACUAUAGAGAACAAGAUCCAUUCGAUAGAGAACCAUUAGAUAUGGAUCAAAAAAGCGAAAUUUCAAGUAUUGGAGAGUUUAGCGAAAUUUCCGAUUUUAAAGAUGAUAACGAACAUUUAGAUAUUGAAGAGAAUAACGAAUGUACAAUUUGCUAUUCCAAAAUGAAGACCAUGAAUGUCUCCUAUAUAGGUUGUGAUCAUAAAUUCUGUUUCGAUUGCAUCCUAACAUGGUCCCAAUGUUGCAACACUUGCCCAGAAUGCAAGAAUAGAUUUAAUACAAUCACCAGGGAAACCAAGGUAGAAGGGUUAAUAAAUGUUGCCGAUGUUUGUUGGAAGGACCAGUAUCAUGAAUCAUACAAAGAAGAAGAGAUUAUUGAAGAUAUGGUUUUAUACCAUGAUCGAUCCGAUCCAAACAUUGAUGACCUUAUGGAUAUUGAUUCAUAUUGA